AUCACAUUAAAAGGCGUUGAUUGGAAAGUGUUAAUUGUAUUUAAUUGCAUGAGAAGUUGUUGAUUGACUGAAUGAAAUGUGUCAAAAUUUUCCCCUAGUAGAAUUAAAUGUACGUGUAAAUAGUUGAUUGGAGUGAGGAAAUUAUGCUUUUCAAUUUACUUCUGUUAAGCAAACCGCCAAAUGAUAGUUUUUUGCGAAAACAUGUAUAUAUGUUUAUGCCAAUAAAUAUUUUGACCUUACUUGUUAUAAAAAAAGUUUAAUAAAAAGUUUAAUCUUAUUCAAGACAUUUAAACAGCAAUCAUGUUGUCCAACAUAGCAGACUUACAAAAACAAUUUAAAGAAAAGAAAACAGAAAAAAACAACAACAAAAAACCCUCAAAAUACAGAAAAUCCUCCUUGUUAACUCAAUCAUUUUUAAAGCAAAAAUUUCUUAAAACAAACAAAAACUUAUGUAUAUUUUUAGUAUUAAAUAUACUUAUUUGAAAGAAAAAGAAAAAGCGACUUAAUUUAUCAUACUUUGAUUUUUUUUUUCUCAAAAAUACAUUUUAAAAAGGGGGCUGAAAAAGGGGGAUGAAAUGACCAAUUUGAAAUUGCUGAGGGGGACGAAGUGACCAAAUCAGGGACGAGUUGACUGGGGGACGAGUUGACUAGGGGACGAGUUUACUGUAAUUCAUCUACAGUAGGCCAACUGUACUCUUCGACAAGCUUACGGUUGCUGAAUGGCUGCAUUUUAAUUUCUGACAUUUGCAGCCACCGCACUGUCACACUAUAAGACAAACUAUAUGCAAAAGAAAGUAGGGGGCCCAACAUUUAUAAUAGGUUUGAAGAGUUGAAUCUUAGGGGAUAUCCCUAUAGAAAUAUAAUUCGGUAAAAAUGUGCGCUAGACUACAUGUGUUGGCAUCAUACACAAGGACGUUACAAAUAUUGACUGGUAACUUCAGUAGGUAUAUAUCCAGCCUUAGUUUGAAACAUAUUUCUACUGAAGAGUUAAAUUCAAAUGAAUUUUUAUCAAAGUUUAGGACAGUUAAAUUUAAAACUCUUGGACGCAAAUCUACAUGUUUUUUGGAUACAAGACGGCAUAGCAGUGACAUUAAAGGACAUAAUUCUGCUAAGACUGGGACUACUAUAUUCUCAUUAUCAUCUGGACAUGGUAAAUGUGGAGUGGCAGUGAUCAGGCUUUCAGGACCAAGUGCUUUACAGGCAUCCACAUUGAUUGGGCAAUUCAAGCAUGUUCCAGCACCAAGGGAAGCUAAUUUAAGGAAACUGAUAGACCCUGAAACUGGUGUUGUCAUUGACAAAGGCAUUGUCAUAGUGUUUCCAGGGCCUCAUAGUUUUACUGGUGAAGAUUGUGUUGAAUUUCAAGUACAUGGAGGUCCUGCUGUGGUGUCAGCUGUACUUACAGCCUUGCAUAAAAUACCUGGCUGCCGGCAAGCAGAACCUGGUGAAUUCACCAAAAGAGCUUUUAUGAAUGGAAAGAUGGACCUGACAGAGGUCGAGGGUUUAGGAGAUCUUAUACAUGCUGAAACUGAGGCUCAGCGAAGACAGGCACUCCGACAGAUGGAGGGGGACCUCAGUAAACUUUAUAGCAAGUGGAGGACUGCAUUUAUAAAGUGUGCCGCAGACCUUGAAGCAUUUAUUGACUUCAGUGAGGACCAGAAUAUAGACGACCAUGUUCUACAGCAAGUAAAAGACAGGAUACAUUUGCUACAAGAUGAAAUAGAGAAUCACCUCAAUGACAAGAGACAAGGCGAGAGGUUGAGACAGGGUGUUCAUGUUGUCAUUAUCGGAGAACCUAAUGUUGGCAAGAGCAGUUUACUCAAUGCUAUAUGUCAGAGACCUGCUGCCAUAGUAACUGAUGUGGCAGGUACCACUAGAGAUGUGAUAGAAACUCAUGUAAAUAUUGGAGGCUAUCCUGUGUUACUGAGUGACACUGCAGGACUUAGGGAAACGCAAGAUGUUGUGGAGAAAGAGGGAGUAAGCAGGGCUGUGAAAAGAGCCAAUGAAGCAGAUGUCAAAAUUGUUGUUGUAGAUGUUUCUAGCAAGGAUUUCAUGAAUUUUAUAAAUGUAGAAAAAACUUUGUCACAUCAUUUAACUGAACUUGGACUAAACAGCAGUCAUAAGAAGAUAGAUAUGGAACACUCUGAGACUGCAUUUGAAAAUUCAGAAUGUAAUGUUGGAAGAAAUAUUCAGGAACUCACCAAUACUAUAAUUGUGUUUAAUAAAGUUGAUUUAGCGCAAAAUAACAAUAUUUCAAAGCUUCUCAAAGCAUUUGAUGAUGUUGAAAGAACUAAAACAAAUAAAAGGGAAACAGAUUAUCUAAAUUUAAAAGAUUUAAAUGAAAACAGUGUAACUAAUGAUUUUGAUAUCCAUAUAGAAACUCUACACAGCUUAAGUGAGAACAUUAAUAGCAGAAGAUAUGAUUUUGAUAUAGAGAAACAGAUCUUGACAACGUUCAAAGACGAGUCUACAGAUAUGUACAGUCACACUUCACAGUUGCCCUGGAAACUGAAUAACCUAAGAAUGGAGCAGAUGGGAGUUGGCAAAGGCGAGAGGUCAUCAGCUUUGUGUUUUAUUUCUUGUCUAACUGGUGAGGGUUUGGACAACUUUAUAGACAUUCUCAAAGACAUGGUAGCUGACAUGUGUGGAAAUCCUCUAAGCGAUCACCCAAGUUUGACACAUGCUCGUCACCGCUCACAUCUCACCAAGUGCCUGGCUUACCUUGAGGAAUAUAACCUUAUGACAGAACAAGGGGACAUAGUGCUUGCUUCAGAGGCUUUACGAUGUGCACUGAAAGAAAUCGGAAAAAUAACAGGGAAAAUUUCAUCAGAAGAAAUUCUUGAUGUAAUAUUUAGAGACUUCUGCAUUGGGAAAUAAAAGAUAUGUGGGGAGGAAUGCCAGAGGAGGUACCUUGAGACACAGAUUGUGACUAAUUCUGUGAAACAUGUCAAAAAGUUCUUUACUGUGGUAAUCUUGCAGUAAAAAAUUGGAUGCAAAGCAGAAGGAAUUUGCUGUUUUAAUACCAUUUUUA